AUGAAUCGGGUUGCUGAGGUGGAAAUGGCGUCGAGAUUUGCAGAAAGAUCCAUUCCGCACAUCAGGGACAUCUUUGGAUUGUCGUCAUCUUCAAACUCGGCAGCCGGAAAGAAUCAGGUGACCACUGAAACCUCGCUGCGAAAUGGAACAAAAUCCGUGCCAGAAAUUGCAAAGCCAACAGCUCUGAAGAGCCACGGACAAGGAAGUGACAGUGCCAUUUCAGUUGAUUCCAGCGAGGAAGAGUUUGGGGAUGGCCGCCGAGGAAGACGCAAGUCUCGCCGAGGACGCGACGCAUCCCACAAACGUGGAUCCAGUGCGUGCACCCGCCGCGAGAUGGCAGAAGAGGACGCGGAAGAGUUUCGCCACUUGGAGCGACACCUAUCUAUGAAAAAGACAAUCCGGAAAAGAAUCAUGCGCGAGCUGCAAGGCGCGAUGGUGGAGGACCCUUCGGAGUUCUGCGCCGAGCGUCGCUCCGCUGCGAUCUCUGCACACAGCCUGACGUUUCGUCGAGGCCGCCGCGGCGGCCCUCCUCCAAUCCCAAAAACCGCCGCCAAUGACAAUAGUGAAGAAACCAUUGCCGUUGAGCAGCCGGGAUUCUUGGAUAUGCUGAGACUUGCGGACCACGAUGCUGAUUCCGGCAACGACAGUCCAACAAGAGUGCCGCCAAUUGAGGGACACGACUCAUCUACUGCAGCUUCCAAACGUCACAUUUACGACUCGUAUCGUCAAAUGAGCUCCUUCCGCCUCGCGAUGCCUGCUGAAGAUGAAGCAGAUGCCGUCGAAGAGGACAAUGAGGAACCCGUGUCAACGCCCAAUUGUGACAAGCCGAAUCCUGCAACUGCCCCAUACUCCAAGAAGUCCUUCUGGAAGCGCAUAAUUAAUAAAACGAAGCGAUGAAUUGCUUCCCGUGGCCUGGAUCGAUCCUGCACCAGAAGAGCAACUUGAUGGCUUGGUUGAAAAGAGUAGAUUUCAUUCAAUGGUGGCUUCAUUUUCCCUCAUCAAUCCAUCCGUAGGGCUUCCACCGCAAAGCUCCAACUUCCUCUCCAUGCCCGCAAGGUUGUUAUCCUCGCGUUUUGAUUUUUCUGAUUUCUUCUGUUUAUCCCUGAAUUUUUCUGGCGUGUGAAGCUUACCUUCCUGUACAUUUUCGAAUGAAAUGACCUUUUACAAUAUGUAAAAUUUCCCUUGAAUGGAAUUGAGUAUUACAGUGCUUGAAGGGGUUUUUAACUGGUCAUAAUUUUGAGUCUUCGAGCUUGCGUCGGUCUUGACCGUGAUUCAGCUUUUUGCACACUGUAUGGAAGUUCUUUUUUUAUGUGUGUUAUCGUUCAUUUGGACUCUCAAGUUCCCUCUAUGUGGCAUUUGCUGUAUGUGCCUUCUCCCAUGUCGAUUCACUUUUUAAGCAAAUUUUGAGUGAGAAAUUUGCGAAUCAUCUCGGGACCAACUGUGUGAUUUUUUGCCUUACGUCGGGCUGCAAUCCCUGUUUUUUUUUGCAAAACAAGCCGCAAACCCGAAUGGAAACCCUGCAAAAUAUAAUUCCCCCUGAUUUUGUUCCCCCUGUGGCAAUAUGUAAGUGAGCUGCAUUAAUCCUGCUUCCUGAUGUGUUUACUGAAAAAAAAAAAAAAAAUGAUGUAUUUUCUGCGAUCGGAUGCCGGCUCUCCUACGACUUUGUAUUGUACGUGUAUUUACUUGAGUGUCCAGAGAAACAGCGAAUCUUCGUUUUGUCCGUUUGGACUUCGGUAGAAAGAGGUUGGGUGAUCAGAGAAGUUUGAACAUUAAUUAGGACUCUUCUUCGAUAGCCAUUUGUACUCUGAGGUGCCUUUCGAAGAUACUCUGCCCUGACUCCUGAUGUAAUUUUUUUCAGAUUCACAGUUUGGGCUGCUGUUUCUUCCCUCUUGGGAUAAUGCACUUAUCUGUAUGUAUGGAAUCCAUUCACCUUCCCUCCCAUGUGUAUGUCAUUGUCGUGAAUGAAAUAAAACUUCCCAGAUCUGUG